AUGCUGACCACCUAUGCUACCGCCAUGUCCGAGCUGAAACGAGGGAAAGGUCUUCUCCACAAAACCGACUUUUACCGUUUAGUACUAGAUGAGGCCCACGACAUACGAACAAGAGGAACGAGAAAACACGCCGCAGUUUCCAAAAUCUCGGCAACUCGACGUUGGUGUCUAACGGGCACGCCCAUACAAAACAAGGUCGAUGAUUUAGGCGCUCUGGUAUCGUUCCUCAAGGUGCCCCUUCUUGAAGAUCCAGAGGUCUUUCGAGUACACAUCACAAAUCAAACCUACAGCAGUGUAUCCAACCGAUUCGAUAAUCUUCGCUCGUUGCUUGGAUGUAUUUGCCUCCGUAGGACGAAAGCGAUCGGCUAUCUCGACGACCCCACUGUCGAUUUACUGUACCUCGAGCUUUCCAACACCGAGGCACAAAGUUACAAUGACAUCGUGAGGCGUCACAGAGCAAAACUUGAGAUGGCCAUCAGUCUGAGGAACACCGCGAAUGCCAGCCAUCAGAUUCUCACAGCGAUUCAUGAAUUGAGACUCUUUUGUAACAAUGGACCCAGCGCGGCAAAAGAGAGGCCAUGCAUUACGAGUGCCCCAAUCGAGACUGAGCGGAACGUCAAAAUUUGGCAAAAAGAAGAUGAAAUGGAGCGUGGCCCUUGCAGAGCAGAGAUCCCUAGCCUCUGUGGCCCGACCGGUCACAUCCCUUUUAGAUUCACCAAGGAUUCUUCGAACACACCACGAGCUCCAAUGAUCACCUCAAGCCGUGAUGCAAGUAAUGAGGCUAUCCACAGGGCUAUUUUGUCCAGCAAGCUACGCGCUCUGGUAAAGAGGAUUGCAGAGCAGCCACCCAGCGAAAAAUGCAUUGUAUUUUCAUUUUGGCAAAGUACCCUAGAUCUGGUCGGCGCCAUAUUACAGCAUCAUGGUAUUGAUUGCCUGCGAAUCGACGGCUCGGUGUCCAAUGCUGAGCGACAGCGUGCCCUACGUGGGUUUGACAAUGCCCCGGAGCGGAUGGUAUUGCUCAUGACCAUUGGAACAGGGGCUGUGGGAUUGAACCUCACUAGUGCAACGAGGGUACAUAUUCUCGAACCGCAAUGGAACCCUAUGGUCGAACAACAAGCAAUUGGCCGAGCCCUCCGUCUCGGCCAGACUAAGAAGGUGAUACACGUUGUCUCUAGUCAGGCCUAUAAACUGCAGGUCGCACUCAAAAGCUUCGAGAAGCAUGGUCAUGAUGACUCUAUAGAGGAGAAGGCAAAACUUUUCAAUGAAAUCAUCCCCGAAAUUUCGAGCAAUAGAUAA